CGAAGCAGGAGUAUGAAGUUUCGCCGAACAGUGCACAGCUGCUGGGAGAGAAUGGUGCAGCAUCGCGCUCAGCUCAGGUGCGUGAUAUUUCCCAGCUCCGUUUUCAUCUUCCUAUAACUUUGACCGACGCUCACAGGAGUGCAGGCACAAAGUUUAGACUCUUCCGCUCUACUCCCCAAAUGGCUUGGAUUAUUCCUUCGCAUCUGCACGGGACUGGAGCUGCUUUGCUUCUCCUCGCACUGAUUCUGACAGGUGAUGCCGUAGCAAGUGUUUUUGACAGCUAUGGAUUAUCAUACGCCCUGAGGCCCGAGCUCUCGGAAGAUACGAUACUGGUUGCCAAUAAUGGGAUCCGCGUGCCUUUCGGGAGAUCCGUUUUCAUUGAUCCCAUUAACGAUUUGGUGGUCCAAGUUCAGCCCGGCGACAGAUGCAGCAUCACAGUUUUGGACAACGAUCCGCUGUCUCAAAGACCAGGACACCUGUCUCCGAAAAAGUUUCCGUGUGAAUUUGGCCCCAACGACGUGAAGUAUUCACACUUUGGCUCCCGGAGUCCCCCGAGAGACAGAGUGAGAUUACAGCUCAGGUACGACACCCAAACGGAUACAAUAAUAAUACCGUUCAUGAUGGAGGUGGAGGUGAUCUUCACACAGCUGGAAGUGCUGACGAAAAACAUGCCCCUUACUGUUGACAAACUGCUGGGCACCAGUAAUCCCAUCGAUACAGGGAUUUUGGAGUUCACCUUUGACAGACGCUCACAGCAAUGCAAAAUAGCUUCGCUCACCAGCGGGAACGUGAUGCCCCGAUAUGGGAAACUUGUGGAUGAGGAGAGCCUCGGAACAAUGGUAGAUUGUGAUGAAUUCAUUAGGAUGAACUUACGUUAUCAGCAUACUUUUACUUCAAAGUCCCCCAACAGAGAUUACAUCCCCAUGCUGGUAGAAUUAUAUGAUAAAGAAGGAAAUGUGCUUAAGCAGGAAUUUUUCCAGAUUUUGGUGCGAAUUAAAGACGGAGAGGACAACACGCCCCCUAAGCCCAGCUUUGUUGCCAUGAUGAUGAUGGAAGUCGACCAGUUUGUAAUGACAGCAGUAACCGUAGACAUGCUGGCUGCUGAGGAUGUGGAGUCUAAUCCCGACGAAUUAAUUUUCAACAUCACUUCCCCUCUCUCCUUUGAAGAGGGCUACAUAGUCAGCACAGAUGACAGGAAUUUACCCAUAACCUCAUUUUACCAGGGAGACCUCAAAGAAUUGAAAAUUGCUUAUAAACCUCCUGCUGUGGAUUCAGACAUUGAGAGGAUUUUCCAGGUUGAGCUUGAAGUUGUGGACACAGAAGGGGCUGUGUCAGACACGUUUGAAUUCAUGAUUGUUGUUAAGCCGAUGAACACGUUGGCCCCUGUGGUUACAAGGAACACUGGUCAGCUACUGUAUGAAGGCCAGUCCAGGCCGUUGUCUAGUUCACAGAAUCUAGAAAUCAGUGAUGAGGACAAUUUAGACAAAGUAAGAAUUAGUGUAAUUGAUGGCUUGAGGCAUGGAGAGUUAACUGUUCUGGGCUCCAGGAGAAAAUUUUUCACCCCAGCUGACCUUGACGCUGGAGUAGUCAUUUAUCAGCAUGAUGGUAGUGAUACAUACAGUGAUAACAUUAUCUUCAGGAUGACGGAUGGCACAAAUGAAGUGGAGUUUUUGUUUCCCAUCACUGUUGUGCCUACAGACGAUGAGGCACCUAUUAUCAAUGCCAACACUGGUUUGAUUUUGUUCAAAAAUCAAGUUAUGCAGAUUUUCCCGUCAAUGCUCAGUGCUGCAGAUAUUGACUCAGAAGAUUCUACAAUAAAGUUUGCAUUAGAGCUUCCCUUUCCAACAGUGGGGCAGGUGUUGCUGCGUCAGUCUGAGGCACCAAAGGACCCAUCUACCUGGAAGUUUAAUACAGAGGAUGAGAUGUAUGAGAAAGUAGUGACUGAGUGGCUGCAGCAGGACAUUAUCGAUGGAAAACUGUUUUACAAGCACAAAGGGCCUCACAGCACGAGCACAGUCAUGGAUCAAUUUGUGUUUAGAGUACAAGAUGACAAUGAUCCCCCAAAUAAGUCAGGUAAGAGCACAUUCAUAAUCAAAAUAAUUCCUGUUGAUGACCUCCCGCCUGAACUUUACCCUAGUACAACCUUACAAAUGACUGUUCACGAGUACCAGCUGACGUACUUCCGGAAAAAAUUCCUCCGCUACACUGACCUUGAUUCAGAGGAUCGAGAUUUAAAAUACACCAUUAUCCAACCGCCUACAGACACAGACGAGAACAGCCCUGUUAUACUAGGAGCCCUGGUUUUGACUGAAACCCCAAACAUUGAAGUCACAACGUUCACACAGGCACAGAUUAACCAUCACAAAAUAGCUUACAAACCACCUGAUCUUGAGCUUGGAAUUACCACUCAUGUUCUACAGUUCAGAUACACUGUGGAAGACGUCUCUAGAAAUAGUGUGGAGGGAGUUUUUACAAUAUUCUUAAAGCCUGUGGACAACAAGCCACCUGAAAUAACAAACACCGGGUUUACUGUGCUGGAACGUGGCAGACAUAUCCUCACCAGAGCCGAGUUGGACACCACAGACACAGACACAGACAGCAGCAAGAUAACAUUCACUAUUACACAGCUUCCUCUUCAUGGUCAGAUCCAGUUCAUAUUCACUCACAUGACAAAAGGGGAUACCUUCAACCUUGAGAAUAUUGGAAAUGGAAUGAUCUCAUACAUCAACAAUGGAGAUGAAUCAACAGUAGACUUGAUAAGAAUAGACGUCAGUGAUGGGGUGCAUGUUGUUCCAAUUUCUAUAAAAAUUACAGUGAAGCCAAUUGAUGAUGAGACUCCAACAAUCGAUCUGCCAGCGGGUACAAUAGGCUCCUACAUAGAUGUACUAGAAAAUGAAGCAACAGAAAUCACAAGUAAUGUAAUUCAGGGAAGAGAUGAGGAUACAGAUGACCUCCGUUUGACCUUCAUCGUUGAAGACAAACCAUCAUUUGGUGAAAUCCUAGUGAAAGGAGUUCCAUCGAGCACGUUUACUCAAGCUGAUAUCAUUAACGGCUUUGUGGUUUAUGCCCAUACAAGCGGAGAGAUUGGCUUAAACACAAAGGAGGACUUUUUCAAUCUCACUCUGACUGAUAUGUCUGAUGAGUGGACUAUAGGAGGAAAUAAAAUUACAGGUGUCAGAGUUCAUGUAACUAUUCUUCCCCUGGACAGUCAGGCUCCUGAGGUCUUUGUUGGGCCACAGUUUACUGUUACUGAGGGAGAAAAAAAUGUCAUUCAGAUUCUUCAUAUAAGCGCGGAUGAUGUCGACACCCCUAAUGAUGACCUUCUUUGUACAAUUAUUGUUCAACCCACUUCAGGGUAUGUGGAAAACAUCUCUCCAGCACCAGGUUCAGAGAAAUCUAGGUCUGGGACAGCUAUUAGUGCUUUCACCAUCAAAGACAUUAGACAGAAUCACAUUUACUAUGUUCAAAGCAUUCACAAAGGAGUUGAGCCAGUGGAGGACAGGUUUACCUUCAGAUGCUCUGAUGGUAUCAAUUUUUCUGAAAGGCACUUUUUUCCCAUCUCCAUAAUCCCCUCUAAUGAUGAAAAGCCAGAGAUUUACAUGAGAGAAUUUGUGGUUAUGGAGGGCAUGAACAUAGUUAUUGACACUCCCAUACUGAACGGUGCUGAUGCAGACCUCCCGUCUGACCAGCUCACUUUUUUCAUCGCCAAACCCCCCAGACAUGGAUUUAUUCUUAAUCAGCUCACCACUGGAACUCUCCCUGUGUCAAACUUCACCUUGGAACAGAUCAGGGAUGGCUCUAGUAUUGUGUAUGAGCAUGAUGACACAGAGACAACAGAAGAUAGCUUUGAAAUUGUUCUCACAGAUGGAAAAUUCAGUGUAGAGAAAACAGUAAUAGUUAUGGUUAUCCCUGUGGAUGAUGAAACCCCAAGGAUGGCUAUUAAUGAUGGUCUAGAAAUUGAGAUAGGUGAUGUUAAAGUAAUUAACAAUAAUGUUUUAAAAGCCACUGAUCUGGACUCUGAGGAUAGUACACUUACAUAUAUUAUAAGAUAUGGGCCUGGCCAGGGGUAUUUGCAAAGAACAAUGCCAACUGGUGAAUUGCAAAAUAUCUCAGUUGGAAUGAAUUUUUCACAAAAUGAAGUAGAUCAGGGAUUGAUUUUGUACAUCCACAAUGGGCAAGAGGGAAUCCGUGACCUCAUUAAGUUUGAUGUGACAGAUGGAAUCAACCCUUUAAUUGACAGAUACUUCUAUGUAACAAUUGGUGGGAUUGACAUAGUUUUCCCUGACGUAAUCAAUAAAGGAGUGUCCCUUAAAGAGGGAGGCCGAGUUACCUUGACAACUGAUCUUCUUAGUACAAGUGACCUGAACAGUCCAGAUGAGCACUUGGUUUUCACAAUCACCCGUGCUCCUGUGAGAGGACACCUGGAAUGCACAGACACACCUGGGAUGCCAAUCUCAUCCUUUACUCAGCUCCAGCUGGCUGGUAGCAAAAUCUACUACAUUCACACAGCUGACGACGAGGUGAAAAUGGAUAGCUUUGAGUUUGAAGUGACAGAUGGCUACAACCCCGUGUUCCGCACUUUUCGCAUCUCCAUCACUGACGUGGACAACAAGAAGCCUGUGGUUACGGUACACGGCCUGGUGGUGAUCGAGGGAGAGAAUAAACUCAUCACACCUUUUGAAAUAACAGUUGAAGACAGAGACACUGUUGACCGCCUGUUGAGAUUCACAGUUACUCAAAUCCCUGUUCACGGUCGCCUGCUCUUCAACAACAGUCAACCUGUCACCUCUUUCACAAAGCAAGACCUAAAUGAGAACAUGAUCAGCUACAAACAUGAUGGCACAGAGAGCGCAGAGGACAGUUUCUCCUUCACCGUCACCGAUGGAACCCACACAGACUUUUAUGUCUUCCCCGACACGGUUUUCGAGACCCAAAAACCCCAAGUGAUGAGGAUUACUGUUCUUGCUGUGGAUAAUGGGGUGCCUCACAUCAUAGUUAAUAAAGGUGCCCAAACAUUGAGGGUGAUGGAGAGAGAUCUCUUGGGGUUUGUGAUCACAAGUAAGUCCCUCAAAGCAGAGGACAGAGACAGCAAUCAGGAUUCUGUGACUUUUAGGAUUACUGUUGCCCCAGAACACGGUUACCUUAUCAACCUUGGCAGAGGAAAUGCAACUGUCUCCACAUUCACACAAGCUGAAAUCGAUGAUAUGAACAUAUGCUACAUUCUGAAGCAUGGUGACAAUGCAACAAAUGACGUUUUCCAUUUCUCCAUUGGGGAUAAUGGAGGCAACAAGCUGAGAAACCAGCAGUUCAGGCUAAAUUGGGCUUGGAUUUCCUUGGAAAAGGAACACUAUGUGGUGGACGAGGAGGUCAAGUUCCUAGAGGUGGUGCUGAAACGUCGUGGUUACCUGGGAGAGACUUCGUUUGUUAGCAUCGGCACAAAGGAUAAUACUGCAGUGAAGGACAAAGACUUCCGUGGGAAGGCUCAGAAACAGGUGCAGUUCAACCCAGGCCAGACCACAGCCACCUGGAAAGUCAGAAUCCUGUCAGACAGCGAGUAUGAGGUGUCAGAAACCUUCCAAAUUGUUCUGUCCGACCCGGUGAUGGCUGCUCUCGAAUUCCCAGAGGUUGCUACAGUGGAGAUCCUGGACCCAGAUGAUGAAUCAACAGUGUUCAUACCCUCAGCUGUGUACAACAUAGAGGAGGACAUUGGUGAGCUGCUCAUCCCUGUACUCAGACGUGGGGAUGUGAAUCAAGAGCUUAUGGUUAUUUGCUACACUCAGCAAGUUUCCGCCACAGGCACUGUCCCCACCACUGUGCUGUCCUACUCUGAUUACAUCUCUAGGCCUGAGGACCAUCACAGCAUCUUGCGCUUUGACAAGGGAGAGAUAGAGAAAUCCUGUCGGAUAGUGAUAAUUGAUGAUUCCCUGUACGAAGAUGAGGAAAGCUUCAAUGUCACCCUCAGCAUGCCCAUGGGAGGACGCCUCAGCUCAGAGUUCCCCACAGCCAGAGUCAUAAUCAUUCCAGAUAUGGAUGAUGCUCCGGUUUUCUACUUUGGAAGCAUGGAGUACCACGUGGAUGAGAGUGACGCCUUUGUGGAGGUGCAGGUGUGGAGGACAGGGUCUGAUCUUUCCAAAGGAGGAACUGUGACAGUGCGCUCCAGAAGGACCGAUCCUGUCUCAGCUGAGGCUGGCGUGGAUUAUGUGGGGAUCAGCCGGAAUCUGGAUUUUGCUCCGGGCGUCACCAUGCAAACAUUUCGCGUGACCAUCCUGGAUGAUCUUGGUCAGCCGGUCCUGGAAGGUCCAGAAAAGUUUGAGCUGGUGCUGCGAAUGCCGAUGAACGGAAUCCUCGGCGAGCCGAGCAAAACGUCCAUCAUUAUCAAUGACUCCAUCUCUGACUUGCCCAAAGUGCAGUUCCGGCAUGCUGUGCAUGUGGGGAGUGAAAGCUCAGGGCAAAUCUCAGCUACGGUGUACCGCAGUGGCGACAUCAGCUACAAGUCAACAGUCCGCUGUUACAGCAGGCAGGGGACAGCCCAGGUGAUGAUGGACUUUAAUGAAAGGCCAAACACAGAUGCAUCCAUCAUUACCUUCCUACCAGGAGAGAUUGAAAAACCUUGUUUACUUGUGCUGGUUGAUGACACGGAACAUGAGGAGGAGGAAGAGCUUCGUCUCGUCUUGGGGAGUCCCAAGAGCGAAUCUCCGUUUGGAGCGUCUAUUGGAAAGCAAAAUGAAACUCUUAUUAAAAUUAAAGAUGAUGCAGACAGAUCUGUUAUUAGUUUUGAAGAAACCAAAUUCAGUGUGAGCGAACCAAAGAAAAAAGGUCAAGUCUCGGUGGUAAAGAUCUCAGUGUUGCGUGUCGGAGACACCUCUAAGGUCUCUGUUGUUCGAGUGCACACCAAAGACGGAUCUGCUACCUCAGGGGAGGACUACCAUCCAAUAUCUGAGGAAAUUGUGUUCAGACAGGGAGACACAGAGCAUCAUGUGGAGGUGGAGGUUUUAUAUGAUGGUGUCAGAGAAAUGAGGGAGGCCUUCACAGUCCAUCUUAAGCCUGACGAGAACAUGGUGGCAGAAACAAAGAUGAGCAAAGCCAUCAUCUAUAUUGAAGAGAGCAACAGCAUGGCAGAUGUGACGUUUCCCUCCAUUCCCGUCGUGAUUUCUCUGUUUAAUUAUGAUGACAACGAACAAAACAAACCCUCCCUACCUGUGGCUGGAUACCCUGUCAUUUGUGUCACUGCCUGUAACCCCAAGUAUCCAGACUACCACAAAACAGGGUCUAUCUGUGUGAGCGAGAGCAUCAACAACACCUUAACUCGCUAUCGCUGGCUUGUUAGCGCCCCCACCGGCCCAGAUGGUGUCACUAGCCCAAUGAGGGAGGUAGACUUUGACACUUUCUUCACUUCCUCCAAACUCAUAACUCUGGACUCAGUCUAUUUCCAGGCUGGUUCCAGGGUCCAAUGCGCUGCCAGGGCUGUGAACUCUAACGGGGAUGAAGGACUAGAACAAACUAGCUCCAUAGUGUCAAUCAGCACAGAUGAGGGAAUGUGUCAGCCUCGUGCUGUAGGCACGGUUGGGGCUGAGCCAUUUUCUGCCAGGCUGCGAUACAGUGGAGCAGAGGAAACAGACCAUCCAAACCUCAUCAAAUUAACUGUCACCAUGCCUCACAUUGAUGGAAUGUUGCCGGUUGUAUCCACCCGACCCCUUUCUAAUUUUGAGCUGACGCUGAGCCCCGAUGGGACGCGUGUCGGCCACCAUCGCUGCUCCAAUUUGUUGGACUACACUGAGGUCAAGACCAACUACGGCUUUUUAACCGAAGCCACCAAGAAUCCAGAGAUUAUUGGACAGACAGCGCCUUACCAAUACAGCACUUCUCUGAGGGGAUCCAGCACUCUACGGUUCUACAGAAACCUCAACUUGGAGGCUUGUUUGUGGGAAUUCACCAGCUACUAUGACAUGUCCGAGCUUCUCAGUGACUGUGGAGGCACCAUCGGGACUGAUGGACAGGUGCUGAAUCUCAUCCAAUCCUUUGUGACCCUCCGAGUCCCACUGCAUGUGUCCUACGUCUUCCAUUCUCCUGUGGGAGCAGGAGGCUGGCAGCACUUUGACUUGCAGUCAGAGCUAAGGCUCACGUUUGUGUACGACACUGCCAUCUUGUGGCGGGAUGGCAUUGGGAGUCCACCAGAGGCUGAACUGCAAGGUGCCCUCUACCCAACUAGCAUGCGUAUAAACGGCCUGGGGCAACUAGUAGUUAACUUCCGCACUGAGGCUCGAUUCAGAGGCCUGUUUGUGCUUGCACAUCUAGCUUCACCUCUGACCUCAAUGGUCAUAUGUGCAGAACACCCUGGUUUAACGUUCAACCUCAGCCUUGUUAGGAGUGAGCCAACCUACAGUCAGCCCAUUCAACAGUGGACAUUCAUCUCUGAUUUUGCUGUGCGUGACUACUCUGGUUUGUACACAGUAAAGCUGAUCCCCUGUACUUCCCCUCCGAGCUUAGAGUACACCCUUCCUCCUGUCUGCAGUCCUAGAGAGCCCCUCAACUUUGAUUUGGAUAUCCGCUUUCAGCAGGUUAGCGAUCCAGUGGCUGCUGAAUUCAGCUUAAACACGCAGAUGAUCCUGUUGUCCAAACGGACACUCUGGCUGUCAGAUGGCUCCAUGGGCUUCGGACAGGAGAGUGAUACGGCUUUCUCUCAGGGGGAUACAAUUUAUGGGAGAGUGAUGGUGGAUCCAGUUCAGAACUUGGGCGACUCCUUUAUUUGCAACAUAGAGAAAGUGUUCCUGUGCACUGGUGCUGAUGGCUACGUCCCAAAAUACAACCCAGGCAACUUUGAGUUUGGUUGCCUGGCUGAUGCUCCGUCCCUGCUGUACAGGUUCAAGAUUAUUGACAAGGCCCAGCCAGAGACCCAGGCCCAUUCCUUUGGCAAUGUUGCCUUUAAUGCUUUCCUGGCAGUGGAUGACCCUGAUGCUUUGGUUCUGGUCAGACAGUCUGGGGCAGAUGGUUUCAGAAUGGAUUCUGCAGCUCUCUUUCAGGUGGCUGCAGGGAGAGAGUGGUACAUUCAUACAAUCUACACAGUCCGUUCCCGGGACAAUGCGAAUCGGGGGAUAGGGAAGAGAAGCUUGGAAUAUCACGCGAUCAGCCAGCACUCGGAUCGUCUGCCUGAGGGUCACCAUCGCACCAGAAGGUCUUCCAGCAUUGAGCCUGACGUAGUUGAUGAGAUUGGCGUGGAAAACAACCGUGGUACCAACAUCUUGCACAUCUCACUGGACCUUAGCAGCCAGCAGAAGACGAGUCCAGAGAAGGAGAUCUUCACCAAAGGAAUCAUCCCCCAUGAACUCAACCAGAGAGACAGUGAUGAUAGACUUGUGUUAAUCAUUGGGAUCUUUGUUGGAUUGCUCCUCACUGUGCUUCUCAUUAUUGUAGUGGUCUUACUGGUGCGGUCUAAGCAGGAGAAGAAAGAAGUACCCAGGAACUCCACCAGUACAGAACCCAUGAUUACUCAAAACCUCAGCAACAGUGACAGUUCUGAGGUCUAACAUGCCAAUGAUUGACAGAUGUAGUUCAUUUUUGUUUUGAAAGUGCCUCACAGUUAGCUUAAAAAUAAGUUAAGAUUUCACAUGAAGCAACACAAACAAAAGCUUUGAUAUUAUUCAAAAAAUGACUUGAAAUAUUUCUUCACUUCCAAAGACAGGGAGUGGACCGAGCACUAAGUGGGUGAUGGACAUAAUUAGUCGCUGUCUCAAAGUACUUGUCAAAUUGUCAGCACUCACUUGCUAUUAUUGAUUGGCAAUGAAGCCAAUUGAUCCAAAAAAGGUAUUUUGUUUCCAAAGGUGCUACAGGAGAUCCCCCCUUAUGUUGAAUGGCUUUGGCUGUUUUGCUGAGGAGGUCAAGAGAAGUUGAAUAUUACACAGACAUUAUUGUAAAAAGACUUUGUAGACACUGGCUUGCUUACACUGAAAAAAAAAAUCUUUUAUCAAGAAAGAGUUGUCUUUAGAUU